AUGGCAGAACCAGACCAAUUUGAUAGUGCUCUUGACCUCCUCCGCCGUCUAGAUCCUAAACAUACUACGACGCACUUGAACUCGCUCAUCUCCCUCGUACCAUCCUUGACGGAAGACCUUCUUUCCUCUGUAGAUCAGCCACUUACGAUCGCUCGGUGCCGGAAAACAGGUCGCGAUUACCUCCUCUGCGAUUACAACCGUGACGGGGACAGCUACCGGUCUCCCUGGUCGGGCGAAUUCGAAACACCUUCGGGAGGCACUGGAGCUGGCGGCGCCGACGAUCUGGGCAACAAUGAAGGUGCGGGUGAUGGCGCGGUUCCGAGCGAGAGAGUGAGAAAGAUGGAGGUCAGAGCAAAUGAGGCAUUCGAUGUUUAUAGAGAGCUAUAUUAUGAGGGUGGUGUGAGCAGUGUGUAUUUCUGGAAUCUGGACGACGGAUUUGCGGGAGUUGUCCUGUUAAAGAAAGUCGCAACACCAUCAGGGAAGAGUGAAGGAACAUGGGACUCAAUCCACGUCUUCGAAGCCGUCGAUCGCGCCCGUACCGCCCACUACAAACUCACAUCCACGGUUAUCUUACAUCUCUCCACAAACAGCGAACCUCUCGGUGACAUGGAUCUUUCCGGAAACAUGACACGUCAAAUCGAAUCUGAUCUCCCGGUUGAUGAUGAUACCAGCCAUAUUGCGAAUAUUGGAAAGCUUGUUGAGGACAUGGAGUUGAAGAUGAGGAAUUUGUUGCAAGAGGUGUACUUUGGAAAGGCGAAGGAUGUGGUAGGCGAUUUGAGAAGUAUCGCUCCGUUGACAGAAGCCAAUAGGGAUAAGGCUACGCAUCAGGAGAUGAUCAACUCUAUGAAGCGGUGA